UGGCUGAAGCUGAGGCGGCGACUGCGGCGGUGUGCGCUCUCCGCAGGGCUGCUGUUCAGCGGCUUCGGGGGUCAGGGGGGUGGGGAGUGGUUUUUGGUGGGGAAGCCGCUAGGCAGAGCCCCACCCCCCUCUUUUCCAACGGUCAGAGGCGCCGUUCGCGGCGUUGUGGAACCGUUUCGAACGCGGCCUCCGGCGUCCUCAGUAAAACCGUUUGGCUUGGGGGCCGCGGAGUUCGCUGCGCCGCCAAACCGGGAAGACCGUUGGCGCCCUCGCUUUGCGCGGCGGGCGGGGAGCGCUCUGUAAACUGAAUUGAGAGGAUCUGAGGAAGGUUGGAGGCUGCCGCAGCCCGUGCCGCUCCCCACGCAGGAGCCGCCCGGACUGGCGGGGCGUCGGGGUUUUCUCAGCUCUAACCGAUCUUUCUUCACAGCUUCAUGGAGCCAGAGAGGGAGAGGACUGGGAGGGCCCCCAAGAGGGGCAAGAAGAGGAGGCGCGUCGCGAACCAGCUGGUCGGGGCGGCUGAGGCGAUGAGAGCCCGGUGGGAUCUUGAGGAGAGACAGCAGCCCGAGGCCAAGAAAGCUCGCUUAUCUACCAUUUUAUUUGCUGAAAACUGUGAAAUAACCCAUGGCCAGCUAUGUGAAUUGCUGAAGUAUGCAGUUCUAGGCAAAUCCAGUGUUCCUAAACCCAGCUGGUGCCAGCUUUUUCACCAAAACCACCUGAACAACGUGGUGGUUUUUAUACUGCAGGGGAUGAGUCAGCUACAUUUUUACAGGUUCUAUUUGGAAUUUGGAUUUCUCCGAAAGGCAUUCAGACAUAAAUUCCGCUUGCCUCCCCCAUCAUCUGAUUUCCUAGCUGAUAUCAUUGGGCUGCAAAGGAAAAAGAAAAUUGGGGAUCUGUCCAAAACAAUGGAAGGGUCUUUACCUUCUGUGAGCUCAAAAGUCAGCAUCAGCCCACAGAAUGACCCCAUCAUUCAAAAGUAUGGCUCUAAGAAAGUGGGCUUGACCAGAUGCCUUCUUACAAAGGAGGAAAUGAAAGCGUACCACUUUCCAUUACAAGGUUUUCCUGACUGUGAGAACUUUGUUCCUACCAAAUGUAAUGGUUCUAUAACAGACAAUAGUCCUCUCUUUGGGCUUGAUUGUGAAAUGUGCCUCACAUCCAAGGGGAGAGAACUAACACGCAUCUCACUGGUUGCUGAAGGAGGCUGCUGUGUUAUGGAUGAACUUGUUAAACCUGAUAACAAGAUUGUAGACUACCUCACCAGUUUCUCAGGAAUCACAAAGAAGAUUCUUAACCCAGUGACAACAAAGCUCAAAGAUGUACAGAGACAGUUAAAAGCAUUACUUCCUCCUGAUGCUGUGUUAGUGGGUCACUCCUUAGACUUAGAUCUCAGAGCACUGAAAAUGAUACAUCCGUAUGUUAUUGAUACAUCAUUGCUUUAUGUCAGAGAGCAGGGCAGAAGAUUUAAGCUCAAAUUCUUAGCCAAAACUAUUUUGGGGAAGGAUAUACAGUGUCCAGAUAGGCUUGGUCAUGAUGCCAUAGAAGAUGCUAGAACAACCCUUGAAUUGGCCCGGUAUUUCCUCAAGUAUGGCCCAAAGAAGAUUGCAGAACUAAAUCUGGAAACAGUAGCUAGUCACCAGGAACUACAAGCAGCAGGCCAAGAGCCAAGAAAUACGGCAGAAGUAGUUCAGCAACUAAAUGCGGGUGUUUUAGAAUGCUUGGACUCAUUGGGCCAGAAGCUCCUUUUCUUGACCCGGGAGGCAGAUGCUAGUGAACUUUCAUCUUCUAAAACCUGUCAAACUAUUAAGUGCCUUUCAAAUAAAGAGGUUCUUGAGCAGGCUAGAGUGGAAAUACCCCUGUUUCCCUUCAGCAUCGUGCAGUUCUCUUUUGAACCCUUUUCACCCAACCUCACUGAGGAGAUGAACAAAAGGAUGCUAAUCAAGUGGACAGAGAUGUCAACUGUCUAUGCUGGGCCAUUUAGCAAAAAUUGUAACCUGAGAGCUCUGAAGAAGCUGUUUAAGAGUUUUGGUCCAGUCCGGUCGAUGACUCUUGUUCUUGAAACCCAUCAGCCACAUCUCUGUAUACAAUAUGAAGUCCUGGAAGCUGCUCAGCUGGCCAUAGAAUCUUUGGAUGGCAUCCUGGUAGAAGGUGCCUGCAUCAAGGUGCAGAGGCCUGUGACAGAGCUUACCCUUGAUUGUGACACCCUUGUGAAUGAGUUAGAACAUGAUUCUGAGAACCGAGGUACUAUAUACCUGUCUGGAGUGAGGGAAACUUUCAAAGAACACCUGUUGCAGCGGUCCAGCCUCUUCCUGGGCCUGGAAGCUGUGAUCCUGCCUAAAGAUCUUAAAAGUGGAAAGCAGAAAAAAUACUGUUUCUUGAGAUUCAAAACUUUUGGCAGGGCCCAGAGAGCCCUCGACAUCCUCACAGGCAAGGACUGGAAGCUGAAAGGCAGGCACGCCCUAACCCCCAGGCAUCUCCAAGCAUGGCUCAGGGGCUUACCUCUGGAAUCAAGAAGGCCCCCAGGGCUUCGUGUCAUACCUCCCCCCUCGGAGCAGGAGGCCUUGCAGAUGUUGAAGGUGGACCAUCCAAAGAUAGCAGCCUGGCGCUGGGGCCGAAAGAUAGGAAAGCUCUACCACAGCUUGUGCCCAGGCACCCUUUGCCUCAUCCUGCUGCCAGGAACCAAGAGCUCUGUAUUGUGAUAUACUAGCAAUUUCAGCACCACCCCAGGUAAAUAUUGUCGGCCUAUGGAGUCCUCAGCAGCAUGGAUUACAAAAUACUAUUUAAAAGUUAGAUGCUCUGCUGCUGACUGCAUUGCUGCCAUAUUCCACUAGGACUUUCUCAGCACCCCUGAGGUAAGAAGAAAAUCAGGAUUGGAAUGUUACAUAGGAAGAAUGUUAUACCCACAAAAGACCAUUACAGCUUUCAUAGGUCAGGACAUCCUUGGAAGGAAAGGAAGUGGAAGAGGUUAGGAGGCUAACUCCCUUGCCUUAACUUCCCAGGCAGACUAACGCUUUUGGAUCUAGGUCAGAAUUGAGAGCUAGAGAAUGAUUUGCAGAGCUAACGGAAGCUAUGUGCUUUGGCAACUGAUUUGAGAGGAAGGAAGAAGCCAGUACUGAGGUGAUUCUACUAUACUCUGGGCCCUCAGCACCACCUUCAGUGUACCAUUCAUGCUUAACGACAACAAGAAGUCCAUUCCACACACAUACAGUGAAGCUUAGCUGGUAUUAGUAUGAGUUAGUUGCUUAUCCCUCAUCUAAUCAAAAAUUGGAUUUUAGCCAUACAGCACCAUGACACUUCGAAUAGCUCCAUGCUCUAGAUAUAAGCACCCAAAUCACCCCCACCUCUAUUUGUAAGGCCCUGGCUGGGCUCAAAAACUCAGGCCAAAGCAGAUACAAGCCCGAGAGUCACCUGGAAAAAUAAGUACAUGUUUUGGAUGAAUACUUUUUAAGUGAAAAAGUCUCCCCCUAAAUUUCCUUCCAUCUUCCAUCUGAUGCUGACCUUGGUAAUAAAAAAAUUCCAGUUUUCUGAAGAAAGCUUAUAAUCUAGAAAGAGGAGGUAGUCAUGAUUCCUAAGCCCUUUCCAAAUGAAAAGAAAAAACACAUCUAAUGCCACCACUGUACUUAAUUUUUUUAAAGAGAUACCAACAUGAGGCUGGGAAUCUUUGAGAAGGCCAUUAGGUCCUCCAUCAAAGAAGUGACUAAGAUGGCUGGUCAACAGCUUUCCCAAAUAUAAACAGUAACUAGACAGAAAAUGGCAAUUAAAGGAAGUUAUGGGUCAUAAGUGGUCUACCACAAUCAGACUUUAGAAUUUAAGAUCCAGUUGGAGUCAUCAGGGAUCAUGUUAAUCUAAGCUCCCCCAUCCUCCCAAUUUAGCAGAGGGAAGUUGAGCCCCCAGGAGGAGCAGCCUCCUUUCUUUUCUCUAUCACUCUGGAUUCCCUGCAUUACUUACCUAACAGCCUUUUGGAAACCUUAUAUUUACGUGUUUUAAAGAUUAUGGAUGUUCUUUUAAAUCCUAACAUUGAUAGAAAUAACAGCCUCUUGAUUUUACAGAUGACUAAAAGGAACUCAGAAUUUCACUAGUUUGCCAAAGGCCACAGAGCAGUGGCACUUGAUGGUUUCACUUUGUCUCCUUUGCCGUAAUCACUGCCAACCUAGUAGAUAUAGGAGCUAUCGGUUUAGCACAGUGUUCUAAUUCAUUUUUUAUUCUUCAUGGGAAUCCACAUCAGUUGCUAAGGUGAGACUAGGUAGUGACUCUGUGAGGACUCAUUUGCUUUUUACCUAAAUGUAUGGGCCUCCAAAAGCCAUUAAGUUUGGUGACUGGGAGGUCAACAUCCAUGUCUGUAGUCUAAGGAUCUUGUACUAUCUGGAUUAUUUUCCAGAACAGAGAAUUUGCAAUCCAGUAUGUUGGAAGAGGCACCCAGUGGGUAAAUCUCACCCCAAAAUGAAGUCAUUUUUUUGUUUGGGGCUUGGUUUUGGUUUUUGUUUUUUGCAGAAUUGUCAAUAGUCAAGUAAACAAAUUUAUUAGGUCCAACAGCAGGUUACCUUCCAAAUAAAAAAACAUCAAAAAAUGUAGACAACGACAAAAAUGUAUAUAACCAGUUAAUAAAAAUAUCCAAGGGGCCAUUUGGAGAGUGCAACAGUGCAGAGAAUACAAAGUAUUGACUUUUGUCAACAAGUUUGUACAACUUCAAGGAGCACACUGGUCACAAACCAAGAGGAAUCCACAAACGUGGAGGGUCACUCAUCACCUCAACGAGUUAAGGCAGGGUAUCUGUAGGACCAAUUUCUCCAAGCCCCAUUUGCCUAUUGCUUCAAAUUCUCCCUUUGAAACCUAGAAUCAUUCAUUAGUGCAACAGGUAUGAGCAGUUAAUCACAGACUUGGGGCUGGGACCAGGAACAGAGGGAAGACUCUUCUCCCAGAAUAAAUGUUUUUUUUGGGGGAAAAAAACAGCAGCUGCUGAGUGGCUUCCUUUGGCAAUAUCCAAGAUUUGUGUCCGGAGGUGGGUGGUGGAAGUGCAGGCUGGCUCAGUUUCCAAGCAGAGGACAGGGAGGAUAUCAUGCCCCAGCACCUGAGUCAGAAGCAGGAUCUGAUGGUUACUCAAAGCUAUUUGAACCAACCUUGUUUCUGCAACCAGUACUCAAUUUUGUCUUUCAGUGAAGAAAAAUACCUGUAGAUCCUCGCUGUGAUGUAACGCCAAAUGAGGUUAACCUGGGUGUAUGCUAUAAUUACAGCUUAGCAAAGGAAUAAACUCUCGAGGGGGAUUGGGUGGGAACCUUUAUAUAAUUGAGAAAACAGACUGUGGGCUAAGGAAGAUCAGUGUCACAGGUUCUCAAAUGAGUCCCCAUUAACACUUUAAUAACACUUUAAUGGCCUUUUCAGUCCACUUUGUUUAAACAAACUGCUGGAGUCCCCCAAGGAAGAGCUUUGUCGAGCUUUGUCAGUUAAAGAUGUCCAGGUCAUCAUUAACCAAACGUUAAGACACAAGAAAAAUGGCAAAGCAGGUGAUUACAGCAAGAAAACGUAGCAGCAGCUUCCUUCCAGCCCUUAUAAUUGUUGUAUAAUUGGGUCUACCUUUGAGCUUCAGGGCACUGAAGACUGUCUUAAAUGUGGCAAACCAAACACAGUACUAAAUACAGAUUUUCUCUUUUGUUUUUUAAACUUUUAUACCAAGUCCUUAUCCUAGCGAUUUUCCACCACUGUUUUAUACAAUUUGGCAUAAUAUAGGAAGCCAUCACAUUAACCCUACAGGCUCCAGCCUGAGGACUGAAUUUUGGCAUCAGUCCCUAAAGACCAAAUAAUAGUGUGUGGCUUAAUCCUUUCUUCCUUUCCUGGGUGAGUUUGUGCCUUUGUUAGGGAAGUUUAAUAUUGAAAACACUGUCUUGUACGUUUUCAGUUGGAUUUCCUUGUGCCUGUGGCCUUUGUUGAAAUUUGGAUCUCUACCCAGCUCUAGCUUUUCCUUCUAAUCAGAAGGGUAGAAAUGGGAUCUUGGACCCAGCUCACAUAUGGGCACAUCUGGCAGAACUGCUGAGGCAACUAGUUGAAGCAUAGCAAAAUGUCAUUACAGGAGGUGGGGUUAAGAAUGACACAUUCAAAUUUGGCAGGGAUGGGGAAAGAGCAAUUCAGUGAAGCAACUUAAUCUCAUAUAGCUUUCUAAUCAAUUGCUAAAGAAAUAUCACACACAGUCACUUGCCAAAAACAAGCAAUUUCCCAACAUACCCAGUUCGUUGUAGUCACUCAGAUAUCUGCAUAUUUUCAAAAUAGCAUCCACAUCCUUCCUGUCUCCACACCACGACACCACUCUGGUGUCCUGUUAAAGUGAAGAGUGCACUGGCUUACCUGAGGGGCAUGCAUUGACCUCCACACAAUUACUGCUCAUUAAGCAGUAAAGCUACUUCUAGGCAAAGAGGAACAGGGACCUUUCAUUUCCCAGAAGUGUAAAUGCAAACUUUACAUACGUUCUCUACCUUGGAUCUCUCUGCAGCAAAACUGCUUUUCCUAUUGUCAAGAAAAAAGUCAGGCAUUGGCCCAGGCUACUGCAGAAGCUUGAAUUCCUUGCAUCAAGGACACAUACCUGGAAGGAGACUUAAGUCCCUCCCUGACCAUUCUCUUUUCUGGCUUCUCAUUUGCACAUUUUUGUAACAUAUGUAUCAUUAAAAUACAACCAAAAGUAAAUUUAAAUGGCUCUUUUGUGAGGGGUGGGAAGCUGAAUAGUUGAAUUAAAAAAAUCCACACUUUAUAGCAUACUUAAUGAAUGGCAUGCCUUCUUGUAGGCUGAGGAAGUCUACCUCUUUUGGGCCCUACUUGCCAUACACCUUUUUUUUUUUCUUUUUUUUGGGGGGUCUUUUUAGGGCUGCGCUCACAGCAUAUGAAGUUUCUAGGCUAGGGGUCGAAUGGGAGCUGUAGCUGCUGCCUACACCACGCCACAGCAAUGCAGGAUCCGAGCCUCUGACACCUACACCACAAGCUCACAGCAUCACUGGGUCCUCUAGCCCAUUGUGCAAGGCCAGGGAUCAAACCCAUGUCCUCAUGGAUACUAGCUGAGUUCGUUACUGCUGAGCCACAACAGGAACUCCCAUAUACCCUUCUGAUCUGAGACAGAAAAUCCUUAGCUGGCUAGGAGCAGCCUACCUUUACCCUUAUUCAACCUCUACCCAAUCGAGAAUCGGAAAAACUGGGUGAGAAGGUGGUCUUGUUAACACCUCAGUCUAGGGACCCCGACUACAGCUGAGCCCACAGAAUCUGCUGGGACACCCAGAAACUUUUAUACAAGGAUCUUGUGUGUUAGCAUCUGGACUGGGGCCCUGUUCAGCUUUCCAGCAGUAUUGCUAACCUAUUAUAGCUGACUUUAAGUGAUUUUAAGUUUCCCAUCCAUCCUGUAGAAGGGGCAACUGUUAGGAUUUAAAAAAAAAAAAAGAAAAACUUCAAGUAUGUACUCUAUGUCAGUGCCAAUUUUAGAAAAACUGUAGAAACUCCUUAAAUCAUCUUUGUAAAGAUGGGAGCCCAGAGCCAUAGGCUACUAAUAAAAGAAAAUAAGCAAUUCCUGCCCAGGCUGAGAAACAUGCCUGGAGAUGGGGGUCCAAAUGUUUAAUAAAUUCUCAUUACCCCAAGAAUAUAAAUAUUUUUAUAAGUUUUUAUUUAAAAGAUUCUCUUUUCAGUCUGUUCCAAAGUGUUGGAAGCUGAACUGUACAAGUUCCUCCCACCCACCCCUCCAGUACAGUUUCAUGACUUUUUUUUUUUUAAGUGUAAAAAUAACAAGAGGACCCUCUACUGAAACAAGGGAGGACCAGUCAGCUCCUGUGUGGCAGUUUGGCCAAAGCUGGCCUUACGGAGCGAGCACUAGGGAACUGAGACUCCCUCUUGUGAGGAAAGGGCUGAGAAAUUUCAUCUUCAGUGAAAACAGUCCAAAUUCAGAUUCAAAACCUCCUUUAUGAUGUUCCCUGGCACUCUUCUUAUACUUUUUUAUAUUGAAGGCAGCUCCCUUUUAUAGCCAGUUUUAGCAGGCAAAGAAAAAAAAAUAGAUACAUAUAUGUGUAUAUAUAUAUAUUUUAUAUAGGUAAAAUAUAUACAUAUCUUAUAUAUGUAUAUAUACAUAUUUGGGGGCAGGGAAAGGAGAGGAGAGUCAUGUAAACCUAAACAGUCAUCACAUACCCCAAAUGAGCCUGACAGUAACAAAGAAGAUAAUAAAUAACUUCUGGGGGUUAAGUGACAACAUGGGUGCAGCAAGAAGGGAAAGGGCACACAUUUAACUAUUAAAUACAUUUCUAUAUUUGUUUGGCAGAGUUCAGGCCAGCCCCAGGCUUCUGCACUUGCCAGACAAGUAAGCUGAUGAUACUCAAAAAAAUUAAAAAAAAAAAUUCAAGCAGAGCUCCAUACCACAGUUUUCCUUCAAGUCAGUUGGCCGGCAGGCACAGUUUGCCAACCACCAGGAACAGAAACUUUGGCUCCAAGGCAAAUGAAAAAAAAAAAAAAAAAAAAAAAAGUAUUUCCACUUA